AUGUCGAAUACGUUGGCUUCUGACGAGCCAUCUGAGGCUUCACCUCUUCUAAGAGACCCUGAAAGCAACGACAGAGACCAUGAGGAUGGCCAGAUUUCAGACAAUGGUGCUCCAGCGCGAAUGUACUCUGACAGAAAGAUGCAUCUGAUUCUUGCUUCUGUUGGCAUUGGUGUCUAUCUGGCUGCUGCAGAUCAACUUAUAACAGUCGCAAGCUACGCAAAAAUCGGGAGCGAACUUCAUGCUCUCAACAACACCAGUUGGAUUGCCACAGCCUAUUUCCUAACCCUCACUAGUGGCCAGCCUCUCUAUGGCAAGCUCAGUGAUAUCUUUGGCCGCAAGCCGUGCCUUCUUUUCGCCUACACCGUAUUUGCCAUCGGUUGUCUUGGCUGCGGUCUGGCUCAGUCCAUGGCCCAGCUCUGUACUGCGCGUGCAAUAGCGGGCAUCGGUGGCGGAGGUAUGAACUCUGUGGUCGCCAUUCUGCUGAGUGACCUUGUGCCCUUGAAGGAACGCGGUGUUUGGCAGGGGAAACUUAGCAUUCUUUUCUUUGCAGGAACCGCUACAGGGGCUCCUCUCGGAGGAUUGAUGGCCGACUCGGUCGGCUGGCGAUGGUCGUUUUUGGGCCAAGUACCGUUGUGUUUUGUUGCCUUCGUGGCCGUCUAUUUCGUCCUAGAUCUUCCACCCGUCGAACAUGACCACUGGCUGUCCAAGAUUCGGAAGGUCGACUUUUUCGGCGCCUUAACCCUCGUAAUGGCCGUGGUCGCCCUCCUCGUCGGCCUAGAUUCUGGUUCUAAUCGCGGUUGGUCACACAUUAUCACCAUUAUUGCACUUUCUUUGACUCCAGUUCUAUUUGGACUAUUCGUCCUGGUCGAACUCAAGGUCGCUUCGCAUCCGCUUGCUCCCGGGCAUAUCAUUUUCGAUCGCAGCCUGUUCGCUUGCUAUCUUGUGAACUUCGCUUCCAACGCUGGAAACACCUCGGUGAUAUUCUUCCUUCCUCUUUUCUUCCAGGCUGUUCAGGGUCUGGACGCCGCUCAAAGUGGUGCGCUGCUUGUCCCUGUGAUGCUUUUUAUGGUCGUGAGUUCCAUCUUGAGUGGUUCGAUUAUCAAACGAACUGAAAAGUUCUACACCCUCAACUUGUUAGGAUAUGCUCUGGCAUUCGUUUCCAUUGUUCCGAUUUGUUUAUUUGUCUGGUAUCGGUCAACACUCUGGACUUCCAUAGCCCUUGUUGUCAUGGCUGUUGGGACUGGUGCUAGCUACUCGACGACACUGAUUGGUCUCCUCGCCAAUGCUACGGUGGACGACACCGCUGUCGUCGUAGCAUCUGCCUAUCUCUUCCGAGCUCUUGGGUCUAGCAUCGGUGUCAGCACUGGAUCUGCCGUCCUGCAGCAAGUGCUUCGAACAGAGCUGGCGGCAAGGCUUCCUGACCAAGACGAAGCUCGCGAAAUCGAGGAGAGGGUUCGACAGAGUCUUGAGUACAUCAAACACUUGCCGCCCAACAUUGCCGAGCAAGUAAAAUGGGCGUACCAAGUUGCCACGAUCUGGACCAUGGCUUCGUCUUCUGUCUACUUUUUGAUGGCAUUCAUAUUCGGUUUCUGGGUUAAAGAGAAAUCUCUUAAGCGUUAG